UUCUUUAACACUAGAACGACGACACGAUCUAAGGAAGUGUCGCAUAUCAGUCUAUCACGUUAAAUCAGCAGUAGAACCGAAUACCCGGGACUUCCCCCUUCACCGCCAAUGCGACAACAACAUUUCUAGGCGAGACCGAUUUGCGCACACAGCACAUUUCCAAAAUCAACAAUCAACAAACAUGGCUGAACCGCCCUCGUCACCGCCGAACGAGUCCGCUACUCCUGAAGAAUCCCUUGCUUGGUAUAAGAGACAGUAUGAAUUGUUGGCCGAUGAACUUGCCGAUUUUCGUGAAUCUAGUCACGACCUAGAGGCCGAGCUUGAGAAAGACUUAGAUGCUGCCGACAAGCGACAACGCGAUCUUCUCCAAAAAGCCGAAGAAUUACAAUUUGAAGUUGACGAGUGGAAAGAAAAAUGCAAGAAGGCAAAGUCCGAGUCAAACACAGCGCAAAACGCUUUGGAGAAGGAGAUUACGAAUCUCCGCGACUCCAACCGUACCUUGCAGCUGAAGUUACGCGACAUAGAGGUGGCCAACGAUGAUUUUGAGCGGCAAGCACGGAACACCACGUCAUCUCUCGAGGACUUGGAAUCUAAAUACAACGUGGCUAUCGAGAGAUCUGUGAUGAUGGAGGAGGAGAUAAAGAUAGGCGAGCAAGAACGAGAGAAUUUGCGCAUCGAGUCUCAGAGAUUGCGAGAGGAGCUAUCAGAUCUGAAGGUAGAAGCCGAGAUUAUGCAAGAUAAGAUCAAGAAAGCAGAGAUCCGUCAUCUGUCCGCCAUUUCCACAGAUAUCUCUAUCCCCGAAUCGCCCACGUUCGAGGACUCACCACGCUCUUCCAUGGCAAGCUCCCCUCUUGUCACUACGCCCCCCGACGAUAUAUCUUUGCCGCCUUCAAACAAAGGCGCUCCUACGCUCAACGAGCCUCCGUCGCCGCCUAUGUCAGAUGCUUCAGCGUCUUUCCCACGACCUGCCUCCAAGCUGAAGACGCCCGCUCCCUCGGCCCAGAAGAGAUCUCGUCUUCCUUCCGCAGAUCGCAGCAUUACUCCCAAACCGAAAGCCGCCGCUUCUGCCACCAUGCGCCCUCCGGGUAUGCGCUCUGCUACUACUAGCCAUAGUAGUACAGCGCGCACACCCGCGCCAAAACGUGUCACUACAGGCCGUUCAGCUUCGAAUAGGCUUCCAGCUUCGACUUCUCUUAACCACGUGCGGACUCUCACUGCUCAAAUGCAACGGUUAGAGGCUCGAGUUCAGUCAGCGCGGUCUAAGUUACCCGCUCCUGUCAGCACCCCACCACGCGCAUCUCCUAGAUCAUCGGCUGUUGGUACAGGUCAAGUGCCUUCCACGGUUACGAUGCGUUCGCGGAAGCGCACGAUCGGUUCUGUGACAUCCUCCAUAGCAGAUGAGACUCCAACACAGGCUACAACGACGAGGCAUGUGUCUAGGUUAAGUACUUCGGGAGUAUCGAGAUUAUCUUUCGGCCCGCUGCCUAAUCGAACCAACCAUUAUGAUCCGGAUAGCUCGUCUGUCAGUAUAUCUCGACCUAGUAGCCGAGCCAGCAUCUCAAGCUAUGCCAGACCUGAGAGACCGCCGAGUCGUACCGAGAUUCCCCGUCCCAUGUCUCGCACAAGCUUCUCGGGUGCAAGAACACCUUUGGGAAUAAGGCCUAGAAGUUCUUUUAGUGGAAGUCUGCAUAGCCAUUCCCAGAGCGUUAACCGUAUCGACCCGGACGAGUUCGAUGAACGUUUCGAGGAGCGCACUCCAAGUCGCCGAGGCACCUAUAGCAAGUUCGAUGGUGAUGGGUCAGCCAGUAGCAUACCUAUGCCUCGUCGACAGAGCGGCGGAAUGCACUCGACUCGCAGAACUAGUGGUGGCAGUACCAGUGCAUCAAGCGAAGCUCCGACCGGCAGACCGAGAAAAUUAAGCGAUCUCGGGGAGACUUACUAGUCUUCCCUAUGACCUUUUUCACUUCUCUUCCCCUGUAUUUUACGGAAGUGCUGCAUACAAACAG